UUAUCAAUAGAUAGCCGCACCAAUUCGUUUUGAUCCAGUCCAUUGGGGGUUUUUCCCAUAAAGAGGGAUGGGGUGAAACAACACCAACCGGGCCAGACAGGGAGGAGUGAAUUUGCUGGAACUCAGAAAGAGAUUCUCUGGCCUCAAUCACCAAAUACUUGGGGGGCAAAAGCUUACCAGUUACCACCGAAGAUAAUCCGACUCCUGCGAGUCCACAUUUUAUUCGCCGUGAUUGCCAUCAACUCCAAAUCCGAAACCUCCAACCGAGAGCUCAAGUCGUGGAAAAUUGCCAAAAAAUCCCCUUCGGCAGUGGUACAUUUUUGGAUGCGUUUGGAACAUUCAGCCCACACAGCAGUCGCCAUCGAAUAACACAACGUUCUUGUGCGGCUCGACCGUUCCCUGUGCGUCUUCUUCUCACCGGUGAGCUUUCUCUUGGUCCAAGCAAAACGAAGGGGAAUAGAGUUAGGCUUAAGUGUGGUUCGGCAUGACUGUGGACUCCAAGAUGUUGGAAGAUCGGGCAGUAGAGCUAGAAGACAGCGCUAACAAAGUGACGAAUCGGAAAAGAAAGUUAAAUAAAACGGUAGACAGUGGCCACGCCGCACCAGAAAAACUCAUCAACAGAAUUAUAUUAUCUUUGACCAAACCAUCUUCCGUUCUGGGACUUGGCCCGAAGGCUGGCUCAAAGAAUGUGAGGUGCGAAAAUUGUGUCCGAUUAUGCUAUCUUUUGCGCAAACUUUUGAGACGGCAUAAUUGGAUAGAAUUAGGUGGUGUACUGAGCAUGUUCUUGAAAGGGACGUGCAAGGACAGAUCUUCUACGCAUAACCGUUUGAAGUAUUCGGUUUCAAUGGAGCUUCUUAAGCAUUUGAAAGGUGAUCAUAUCAACGCCAGCAGGAUCAAGAACAUCUAUGACGUUUGGAUGAGAAAGAAUGGAUCAAUGAAAGAUUGGCCAUUAGUGGACAGAUAUGUAGUUCACUUAGAGUUCAUCCUAUUCUGUCUUGCACAAGGGGAUGCUGAGGAAGCACAUCAGGCUGCUCAAUGCCUCAAGGAAGAACGUGAACUUGGCAUUGACCCAGUGUCGAAUAUGCUCAUGGGCUUGAUAUUCUAUGAGCUAUGGUAUUCAACUAUCCCAAAAGAGAUGCAGUGGAGAGAUUCAAACCAGUUUUACUCCCCCCAGCACUCGGAUAUGUUGGGAACAAGAUUCAGCUACCCAGACAGAAAUUCUGAGUGUUACAAUGCAAAUGAUACUUGCAAGGCUGGUCUCCCCUUUCAAUGUAAUUCAGACUCCUCUGUCAAUGAUAACCAAUUAUCUUCAGAUGCUAAUAUUGAUCAACACCAAGAAGUUUCCAUGGAAAGAGAAGAUCCUGUGCAGAACUUCCAGCCGCCAGAUUUUACCAUGCACUCUGAUGAAAAUACCAUAAAUGAAACCUCAUUCUCAAAUCACGGUGAUCAUAUACAGUAUGCUUCCAAUUUAUUUGCUCUUCGGAGCUUGGAUACCUGGUUGUUGCCCUUGCAAUUGCCGCAUCCUACAGAAAAUUGUGAAGAUUUCUUUGAUUUGCAUAGGAAAAUGCUUAAUGACUAUUAUAGGAAUGCAGUAAAAUAUUUUCAACUUGCUCUUCACGCAACACCCCCUUUAUUGGUGGCCUUACUUCCUUUGAUACAGUUGUUGCUGAUUGGUGGUCAAGUUGACAAGGCCCUACAUGAGCUGGAAAAGCUCUGUUGUAAUUCAAGCUCAGGACUUCCUACUAGGUUGAGGGCUAGUAUUUUUGAGCGCUUUGAUCAUAACAACUCUCUCAUGGUUUCUGCCUGCUUCGAGGAUAGCUUAAAGAAGGAUCCAACAUGUUGCCAUUCUUUGGCGAAGCUUGUCAGGAUGCAUCAAAGUGGCGAUUACGGUCUUGAAUCCCUAUUUGAAAUGAUAGCGUUGCAUUUAGAUGCUACCUAUGCAGAACAUAAUACAUGGAGAGAGUUUGCUCUAUGUUUCCUUAAACUUUCUCAAUAUGAAGAGGAUCGAAUGUCUGUGUGUCCUAAUGAAAAUGAAGAUGGGCAGGAGCAACCGGACUCCAUUCAUUUUACUAAGACCCCUAAAAUAUUUACAGAGGGAAAAUCAGGAAAGUGUUGGAGGCUUCGCUGCAGAUGGUGGUUGACACGUCACUUCAGCAGUAACGUGCUUGUAUCAGAGAUUGCGGCAGGUGAUUUGCAGCUCCUAACUUAUAAAGCAGCUUGUGCAUCGCAUAUGUACGGACGAGAGUUCAAUUAUGUUGUGGAGGCUUAUAAUUGUUUACAAAAGGAAAAUGAUAGGGACUUGUUCUUGUUCUUGCAAACGCACAUGCAGAACUCAAUAGGAAUAUAUUCAAACUUCCUAUAAAUGAAAUAAAUUUUGAGGUCA